CACCAGCAAACUGUUAACACCGAAAACUCUUGGCCAGUGACGGCCAAAAUCAGCAAUUCAAUCGUCGCAGGUGGAAAAAGUGAAAAUUUUUUGGAGGCCAUCUACCGUAGAGUAGGCGUUGGUGUACGUGAGCGAGAGGAACGCUUCCUUCCGAGACUACUUCUCUUUAGCUGUGUGAGUGUGUGAGGAAGCAACACUUGGUUCUCUCGGGCGCGCGCCCUUCCUCCUUCCCCAAACGCCGACCGAGGUACGCGCUGAGAGAACGGGUGCUGACUGACAGCGUGAUAUGAUUCCAGACCUAACCAACCAGACCACCAUAUAAACAACCCAAAAUUAAACACCUCUACCAUCGCACCAUAUUUUGCCCCCCAUUUUCCUGAGCAGCCGUUGGCAGAAAAAGCUACCGAAAAUUGCAACAGCAAUAGAAAUCACAGCUAUGCCUGAGGUGUUGACACUUUCUGGCAUAGCUGAUGCCGAGCCGGAUCUGUCGACGUUCGAGAACAAGUCCGGUUUGGCGGAGGAUAUGAAGUUUCUCGCCUCGAUGCCGGAACUGUGUGACGUAACGUUUCUGGUUGGCGAAACGCGCGAACCGGUGUGUGCGGUUAAGGCAGUCCUGGCGGCCCGUUCCAGGGUCUUUCAGAAGAUGCUUUAUCAGGCACCGUCGCCGCAGCGUAAAAAGGAACCACCGCCGAGGGAGAACAAGCUGCGGCUGUUCCUGAAGCGUUCGUCCGAACCGUUGCUGAAUUUGCAGAAUGCUGCCCAGCAGCCCGCCGGUCAGCAGCACCAGACGUUGAUCAUCGAAGAGUUCGAACCGGACGUAUUCCGCCAGCUGAUCGAGUAUAUUCACACUGGCUGCGUUACACUGCAGCCCCGCACGCUGCUAGGAGUGAUGAAUGCAGCCGAUUAUUAUGGACUGGAAGAGUUACGUCGUGCUUGCGGUGGAUUCGUCCAGUGCUGCAUCAACGUGGACACCGUUUGUGCACUGUUGGCCUCGGCCGAACGGUACAUACAGUACAAAUGUACCAAGAGUUUAGUACAGAAGGUAUUGGAAUUUGUCGACGAACACGGAAAUGAGGUGCUGAACUUGGGAAGCUUUACGCUGCUACCGCAGCACGUGGUUCGUUUGAUUUUGGCUCGUGACGAGCUUCGCGCAGACGAGUUUACCAAAUUCCAGGCUGCUUUGAUGUGGAGCAAGAAGUACUGCGACACAAACCAGACUACCCCCUUAAAGGAGGUAAUUGGAAACUUCCUGGAGUACAUCCAGUUUCACAAGAUUCCGGCAAACGUUCUGAUGAGAGAGGUUCAUCCGCUCGGGUUGGUACCGUAUUCGAUCAUCAUGAAUGCGUUGGCGUUUCAGGCAGACCCAACAAGUGUGGACCCCGGAAAGCUCUCCCCCAACUCCAGUCGAUCCCACCAUCACCACCACCAUCAUCAUCAUUCAAAAUCUCUCCCGAAGAUUCGCAAAGCCAAGUCCCAGAGUUUCCGAACCCGACGCAGUCCAUCGGAGCGCAAGAGUUUCGUUUCGUCCUCACCGUGGAACUUCAAUUCCGAUCCGCGUAAAAGUCCCGUCAGCAACCUACAACAGCAAAUCCAGCAGCAUGUGCCAAGAUCACCGGGCAGUGCUUCCGCUCACCUGGAACACCGAAGUUCAAUCAGUUCACAGAAAAGUCCGGUACUAUCCCGACAGGGUACACUGCGAUCAUCGCAUCGCCGAAAGAGCAGUUUAGGCGCAUCGCUGAAUCUCAACCAGGGACGAAGAAGUCCCAACAGCCUGCUCAACGACCGUAGUCCACAAGGACACAAGAGCCCAAACCUACUAAUCACCGACCAAAUGUACGCCCAAAGCUUCCAGGUCAGCCUCGAUCGCAAGUCACCGACUGCAAUGUCCUUCUCCGGCGGUCGACGUAGUCCUUCUGGUCUGCGAAGUCCAUCCGGGCUUAGAAGUCCUUCAGGUUUACGUAGUCCAUCGGGCCAUCGUAGCCCAUCUGGACUUCGUAGCCCAUCGGGUAUGUGCAGCCCAUCCGGACGACGCAGUCCUCUAGGCUUCAACCUGCAAUCCGAAUACUCUAGUCUGCUGCAAAGCCAAGCGGAACGCUUCUCACCUAACUCUCUCAGCAGUCACUCCGUUCAGGAUCGCCGUAGCCCGACCAUCCAUCUACCGCCAGAACGCAGUCGAAGUCCGAUCGGUUUCCAAUCACGCUACGGUGGUGGAAGUUUCUACGGCGAUCGCUCAGCUCGCACUAGCCCUACCACUCUGGGCAGUAUCCCUCCAAUCACGAUCUCAAACCCUUCGGAAACCUAUGAGAUCGUUCAGAAAUCAAUGGAAUCGGAACGCAGUCCGCUGAAACCGGACGCCCCGUUCACUGUACCAAUGUCUACCUCUUUCCAAAAACCAACCACGUCCACGUCCGGCACUGUCGGAGCUAGUACACCCGGAUCAGCCUGUUCCAGUACAAACAACCAAGAGAAGAAAGAGAAAACUAGCGUGAUGAAAGAGAUUUUGGCUUUCGUGAGGAAGCCUUCGAAGAAAGUUACUACGCGGACGAGUAAGUUUGCGGCUGCUUUCUCCCGAGCCGAGGGUAACACGGGUGCUCCCUUAAUACGGCAAAGUACUUUCUCCAGUAUACCGAAUACGUCGAGUUGCGCGGGACGUAAUGCAAUCACUAAACAGAUGUCGGAGAUUGGUUUCGAACCGAUCAUGUCCUCAUUGAAGCUGAAGGCGGUCGGAUCCAAGAUGUCACUGAAAUCGUUGAGGAAGUUCAGUAGCGACAAGAAGGACAAAAAGUCCAGCGGAGACGAGAUCAGUGAUAUCGAGAGUAGCGACGGGGGUAAGAUGGAAGCGGGUUUCAAUUCGCUAGAACUGCCGUUCGAGUUGGAAAAUGUGCGAUUCGAGAAGGUAGGCGAUUCUUACAUCAAACAUGAUCAAAUUAAGGAAGAGGAGAGUCCUCGAGGUUCUCAGGAAAGUGAAGAUGUGGAUGAAGAGCGGUUGAAGGUAACGGCUGUCAGUGAGAUCAAGAAAUCAUUGGAGGCACUUUUUACACGGCAAGAACCUAUCGAUGAGUCGGUGGAGGAUGGUCGCAAGGAUUCGGAGACAAUGCAGUGUCCGACGUUUGAGAUAGAGCCGCCGUCGCGGCGAGCUUCGUUUGAUCCUCCGCGUUCACCAUAUCUGGAGAAUCUACGAAGUAUGAGUGAUACCGAUCAUGAACCGACUCAUCACAGUCGACUGGAUUCCGGCGGGGACAGCUUUGAGCUAAUCGAUACCACUGAUCGACGGGGUGAGAGCAGUGUCAGUGAUUCACAUCGGCAUUCGUCGAUGGAUACCAGCUUCGACAUGAGCCGAUACCAAUCGACUAGCUACGAAGAUCAGAACUCUAGCUUUGAGCUCGUCGAACUGGAUCCCUCACAGAAGGUUUCCCCGUUCGAUAUUCGAAAAUCUUCGAUCGAGAUGGUAGAUCCGGAAACCUUUCAUAGAUCCUACCCGGAGGGACGAAAAUCCUCAUUGGAAACGCACUUCGAUCUGGCCGAAGGUUAUCAGGGGUCUAGUCCGAGGAGUGCAUUCACGAUCACACCGAAAGCUAGAAAGCAGAUAUCCGAACCAGGUCGAAACCGCGACUAUCACGGUAAAGUAGCGGGUAUGAAGACCCACUAUUCAGCCCCACACCGUGCCAAAUCCCCGCUCUCGAAUCAAACCUCCUCCAACUUCAGCUCCCGAGACAGUUACGACUCGAUAUUUGAAUCCUUACCUCAUCACGAUGUUCGCAGUCCGUACUCGGACCGUGAUUCCAAGCAGCACUUCCACAUGCCCCGUAAAUCGUCCAACGAAUCCUCGCGCUUCCUGUGUACCGACAAACGUUGUGCCUCAAUCUUCGAACCUCGCCCAGCCCGUCUUUCAUCUACCCACCUGGACACGUCCAGUGGCAGCGAGUUUGAGCCUCCGUCACCGCGGAGGGCUGCCAGUGCCUCGCCGAAGCACACCUUCACCUUCCGGAUCGUGCUGAAGAAGGUCGACAGUUCACCGGAUGCGAUCUGUCCGUCGGCGGAACGACGCAAUCGGGAAAAACCGGACAAGCACAAGCGGCGCGACAGCCGGCGGAAGAAACUGCUGGAGAUCGGUAAAAGCUUCUAAGGUAGGUGGGUACGUAGGUAGGUAGGUAGAUAGGAUGGUUAGACAGUAGGCGCUGGGAACAUGCCAUCAUGUUAGCGCAGAUACACUGCGGAAAGCAAGCUGAGAAAUGGAAAGCGGAGGAAAUCAGAAGGGUAUAUAAUGACAGCACAGCAGGCGCUGUUGCAUUUGAAGGUUAGACUAAAUUUUAACAAGUUUACAUCCAGUAUUACAUUAGAAGUGUUUUUGCGAUUCUAUUUGUGCCCCUUUUUUGAAUCGUUGUUUGCUGUACUUUCCUCUGCUCGGCAGGUGAGCUUAAAUUUUUGUAAUCAUUUUUUUAUUAUAUUUAGUCGUGAGAAAAUAUAAUCCGAAUGCUCAAAAGAAAACGUAGAAAAUGAGCAAAACGGAUAUUAUGAUCAAGAGAUCAGUUUUGUUCGGACUGAUAAGUUUGAUACCACAGUUUCUUAAGUAAGUUCUCGAAGAAGUAAUCUUUUUGACUAGAAAUUCCUAAAAUUUCAAGCCGACAACAUUAUACAUUUUAGUUAAUUCAGUUUGCAUUUUUAUAUUCCCAUAUAUAUAUUUUAUUCGCAUAUGAGAUUGACCCAAUGUUAUUCAAAAACUCCUCUGAACACACCAACUCGAUAAAAUAAGAAAAACUUUUGUUGUUGUUAGUGAACCACCGCUUCAAAUGGCGGGGCAGUUUGUUUUUAUCGACUGCUCUCAACUGACUAUGGAGUAUACUGUUCCGACAUGUAGUCACUACACACAAUCAGCUCCUAGCCUGCUAUUUCUUAUCAGUAGAUAUUUAAUGCCACGUCGCUCGUCGAUUUUAGCAUUGAUUUGAACCAUUUUUUGAUUCGGGAAAUUUGCUAAUCCUGUCCUAACCACUAGGACAGUCCUCACAUAUUUAUAAUACAUAUUUCAGAUUUGGAUGGAUAUUAUAGUGACAAGACAAAAAUACUCCUUCUGGAGCACUCUGAGGCGAUCAGGCACUUGUUUAUAAUCGGAUUCAGGAAUCGUUUGCAUGUUCGAUCCUAUUAGAAAAUGACCCGGAGUUAGGGCCUCCAAGUUGGACGGAUCGCUGGACAUCUCGGCAAUAGGCCGAGAAUUGAGGCACAUUUCCACUUGUGCUAGAAGCGUCAGUAUCUCAUUCUGGGGAUAGCCAACUUCUUUGAGGAGGUGUUUCUUUGCUGAGUUAACAACCGCCUCCAACAAUCUGCCAAAAUUAGGGGUGCGAUAAUAUUAAUUCCCAGAUGAUGUCUGCAUUGGCACACCAGUCGAUAAUAAAUUUGCGGCUGCUAUCGUUGUAGUAGUGUAGUAGCUUGUAGAGUUGUUUGUUUGUUUGUUUAUUGGAGCUUUAACCUCCUGGUCAUUCGCCCGGGAGUUUGUUUAACUCGUUCGCAGCCCCUUUAAAGUUCGUAGCGUUAUCCGAGUGUAGAAGACAAGAAAAUACGCAACGGUCCCGCGCAGCUUUGUAUACGACGAAUACAGUCGUAAUUCGCUGGUUGGACACUCUUUAGCUGCACCGCUUUUUAGUUAGACCUCCGCUAGUUGGACCAUAGCUCGAACGUGGAAAUCGGGUCUGACGGCUGUUCUCGCUAUAGGACUCUUGGGGAACUUCGAUUUGGCGAUACAUUUUCUCUAUGUCCGCUACAAAUGCGAUCGGUCGGGUACGAAAGCUCGAUAAUAGGUUGCCCUGCACUACCGGGCCGACGAGGAGAAGAAGAUCGUUUAAUGAAUAACCAGACGUAGUGCGGCACGAGGCGUCAAACACGACGCUGAUUUUUUCGUGGUACUCGUAGUUUUGAAACCCGCGUAAUGCGGGAGGUAGCUAUGAACGCUAACUUCAUCGACUGGAUCAGGGAUCUUCCGCAUAUGACCAAGUCGUUGAUAUUCGUCCAUGAAUUCGUGGUAAGCAGAUUUUGUGACUUCGUCCCGGUUAAGGCGCCGUUCUAAGCUCAGAAGGCGUUUCUCGGCGAUGCUCCUUGAUUCGCCCUAGGUGGAUAUUUGGAUCAUCCGUUCGUGGAAGGCGGACGACAUAUCGUCCACUAUCGUUGCGUGUAGUUGAAGACUUAUAAAGUUCCUCGUAGGAAGCUUCUUCUACUGAGUACAGUCGGCAUACUAAUUCCCAGAAUCUUUUCAGGACUGAUUCUAGGCUGCACUGGGUCAGGGCUACAUGGAAGACGCGAGAGGAGGGUGGAAGUGUGCCAUACCAACGGCCAAUUACGGCCCAACCAAACACCGUUUCAACCAAGACUGGAGAUCCUUCGCCGAGGUUGAUUCUACCAUUCUUCAGGUAUUCGUGGAACUGCUCAAUGCCAAGGAGUAAAUCAAUGCGUCCAGAAACAUUAAACGAGGGGUCGGCUAGAGCAACGUUUGGAAGUAUUUUCCAUGACGAGAUGUCAACAUUAGUAGAUAGAAGAUCUCCAGUUGGCUUUGGGAGAACCAAAAACUCCAAUUCGCUCGAAUGCUUCCCCAAUACCGAUUAUGGGGACACUUACUCGUUCUGAUCGCAGGCACAGACGACGGGCAAGCUUCUUCGAAAUGAAAUUCGACUGUGAGCCCGAGUCGAUCAAUACACGAGCAGAGUGUGGUUGUCCCAGAGCCGUAGCAACCUAAGGGGCAAGAGGGGGCUUUGCCCCCCCACGCGUUUUGCGCCGAGCGAAAUUAUAGAUUAAUCAAAUAAAAAGCAAGAGGACUAUUUGUAUAUUGUAUUCUGGGUUAAAUAGUAUCGACCCGAAAUUUCAUUGCCGCUUCAUGAAACACCGCGCCUAGACGAUCUGUCAUAAUAUAGCAAAUUGCACAAUGAAGAGCCGAAUGAGAACACAAAUUCUUCAAAAAUUAGAUGCAGUCUUGUCGAUGUACGGUUGCUCCAACUGAUGUGGAUGGGCACCUUGCACAGCUAGCCACUUCCACUCUGCACAGUGUUUUAAAACGUCGUUUUCGUGCUCAAAAUUAAUAGCGUCUAAACUCUUUAACUUUAGAAGUAUAGAUUGUUCGGAGAAGUUUUUGCCCUUAUGAUUGCGCAUCUCCAGAAGUAUAUCGUUUAGUUAAUUCACCUAAAAGUAAUAUAAUGGAACGUUAUUUCGGAGCUUAAGCCAAAUGUCGGUGUGGCGAAUCCCGAGGAGCUGCCGGAAUCCGAUAUACUGAUAUGAUUUGCCUCGAAUCGUGUGCCGAAUCAUCUCACCAUCGUCGAUCUCGCAGUCUCCAGUCUCGACCAAUCGCCCUGAUAGUAGCGGAGCAGAUCGGCAUUUCUCUAGGUCAAACGCUAUGCUGAUAUCGCCACCAAUUCUUUCGGCUAGUUUGAUGACUACACCCAGUCGUUCUGUCGAGUCAGCAUAGAUCUUGAUGUCGUCCACGUAGAAAGUAUGGGACGUCUCUUCCGGUGAGCUUUCUUUAUACCUUAUCUGAUAGUCAUUGAGGUGUCCUACUGUGCGGGAUAAAAGAAUCGUCUUGGAAGGUCCCCCUCAAGACGCGAAGCAUUCUAGACCGCAACACGUCUUUUCCACUUCUGAGCUGAGCAGUUUUAUCGUUCCUCUCUCCAUCACCUGCCGUAGGAACCUUAGACUACAGGAUCAGCUUUAUACAUCUUUAAUACCUUGAUGAGGAGCGAGUGCGAUAUGGAGUUGUAUGUCUUCUUGUAAUCGGUAUACUAAUGUUUCGUUGGUUACACACUACUUCUCCAACAACAUCGUAGACCUCUUCUCCAUUCUCGAUUGGCUAAAUUUUCUGGACCCCGAAGAUGUUUAUACAGCAGUUCAAACAUUUUCCAACGUUUUGGGUUAUGUUAUUGACAGGCACGUCCCGAAAUUCAUCAUCAACAAAUUGGCCAUCCUUGGCAAACGAGCACGAUGCGACGGCUGAAGUCCAUUAGGAGAGCUGCUCUACGGAGGUUGACCAAGUAUCGCACAAUUCCACUCAGAAACUAUUACGUCAGUCUCAACCAUGCUUAUAAACGAGCUAGCCAGGAUUGUUUCUUUCGAUAUCAGCAAAACAUUCAGCGUAUUCUCAAGUUGCACCCAAAACGUUUCUGGAAAUUUGUGAGUGAGCAGCGCAAGGAAUCCGGACUGCCGUCGUCUAUGACUUUCAACGGCCGCACAGCUAUCACAUCCCAAGAUAUGUGCAGAAUUUUUUCGGAGAAAUUCGCGAAUGUGUUCACAUAUGAGGCCUUAACAGUUGAUCAAAUUGAACUCGCUGUUAGUCAAGUUCCGGUUGUGAGCCAAACUCUAAGCGCUAUUGAUGUCAAUGAAAGAUGAAUACCAGAGCUUGUUCUCGGUUAAAAUCGUCUUUCAAUCCGGGACCCGAUGGUUUCCCUUCAGUACUUUAAAAAAGGCACAUCGACGUUUUAGCACUUCCCCUUCUUCGCAUCUUUAGAGCAUCUAUUGCCAUUAGGCAAUCCAUGAGGCAUUUCUGAUCAGAUGAUUUUUUCUUCUGGCGUAACUCGGGUGGGUGCGAUGUCUGACAAAAUCGCCGAUUUGAUCCAACAUCAAACGAAUCGGGCUAACGAAGUAUGGUCGUCGGACGGGUUUUUCUGUUCGCUGGAGAAAACUUGUUGACAAAACCACUCGCUGAAUUGUCAAUCAAACGUCGUGGUGGAUUGCCUAAUUGGCAUCUUUCCAUCCUGCUGGAAGUCCGCGAACAUGUUCCCAGUCCAUAAAAAGGGUAAUAAGCGAGACGUCGAUAAUUACCGGGGAAUUACUUCAUUGAGUGCUGUCUCGAAGUUGUUCGAGAGUUGGUGAUUAUGGAACCUCUUCAGGCUCACUGCAGGCAGUACCUAAGUGACGAUCAACAUGGCUUCAUGUCUGGCCGUUCGACAACGACUAACCUGCUUUGCCUAACAUCAUACAUAACAGAGAGUAUGGAACGUCGCGCUCAAACCGAUGUUAUCUAUACAGACCUAUCUGCCGCUUUUGACAAAGUGAACUAUGAAAUAACAAUCGCUAAAAUGGAGAGAUUUGGAAUUAACGAUAGUCUGUUGCAGUUGUUUCGAUCCUACCUUUUAGGUCGAGAAAUAGUGGUUGUCAUUGGAGAUUAUCAGGCACCCACAUUUAUUUCUACGUCAGGAGUACCCCAGGGAAGUCACUUGGAACCGCUGAUGUUUCUGCUUUACUUCAACGACGUUCAUCUAGUUCUGAAGAUUCCACGCCUGUCCUUCGCAGACGAUGUCAAGAUGUUUCUUCUCAUCAGCUCUACUGAAGAUUGCAGAUUACUCCAACCACAGUAUGAAACCUUCGCUGACUGGUGUAACACGAACCGUAUGUGUGUAAAUCCAAAAAAGUGCUAGGUGACAUCGUUCUCACGAAAAAAGACCCGAUUUGUUUAAACUACUGUCUACCUGAUACUGAAAUUGAACGCGUUAGUCAGGUGAAGGAUCUAGGAGUGUCUAGGAGACUCGCAAUUUGCGCUUAAACAGCACGUCUCUUAUACAGUUAGCAAAGCAUAUCGAAUGCUGGGAUGCAUCUUCAGGAUAGCGAAAAUUUUUACUGACAUGUAUUGUCUCAAAGCGCUGUACUGCUCUUUGUCGUACUCAAUCCUGAAGUACUGCUGCGAAGUUUGGAGCCCAAACUAUAACAACGGUAUUGAGAGAAUUGAGUCCGUGCAACGGCGCUUUUGACGUUUUGCGCUUCGUAGUUUACCGUAGAGAGAUCCCGUCCGUCUGCCAAGUUACGAAAGCCGGUGCCAGCUGAUUAGUUUGGAACCCCUGAUUGUUCAAUGGAAUACAGCAAGGGCUUUGUUUGAUGCUGAUACUUUGUGAGGUCAUCUGGAUUGCUCAGCCACCUUGGAAAAAAUUAACAUAAAUGUUGCACCUCGAACAACGCGUAACAACCUCAUGCUCCGAUUGCCAUUUCAACGCACUAAUUAUGCACGGGGCCAUUACGGGCCUACAAAGGAUCGUCAACCGAGUCUCAUCAGCUUUCGACUUUAAUUUGCCUCGCCCAACGCCAAUGAUUUUACCUAGCCUUCAACGGACCCGUAAUGUCGGCUGAUUCCUUCAUUGUUGAUUUUUUCACUGUAUUGUUAUUAUUUUUAUCAAAGUUUGUAACGAUUUGACUGUUAGCAAUAAGUUUAGCAUUAAGACAUCAUUGUGGCUUUGAAUUGCCUGUUGGUGUAUAUAUGAUAAAUACAAAUACAAAUACAAAUACAAACAAUGAUUGCAUGGAGGAUAACUUGAUCUUUUCAGUCUUGUGUAUUUUUUUACACCCUUCUGCUCCUCUGGUCCUUCUGGUGCUAUUCUUCUCAUAGUGGGCUGUAUGUAGUGAUGAAGGUGCUCAUGAUCUUGUGCAGACUUCUUAGACAGGUAAUUGGUAUGUCCUUGGGGAUGAGAAUUGUGGUACCACGGGUGAUGAAAUCCGGCGAUAAAUGGGGUUCGCGUAACGCCCAAUUUCUAAGAUACUGUGUACCCUCGCAUACAUCAUUGGUUUCGACGGAGACAGCUGACAUCUCGUCGAUUUCUUCGCCUGGUCAUUUCUCCACGCGCCUAAACCACUGUUGUCCUUCGCGAUAUUGUACGGGGACCUCCCAAAUACUGAUUCAAAGCUAUAACAUCGCUGAUAUCCGGUAGACCUUCGCUGAAAUUGGGCUUCUUGUGGCUGAUUUGGUCAUAGAAGUGUAACGCCUUAGCCAUUUCGAUAAAACACUCCAUUACUGAAUUAGUGUGUUGUGUUUUUUGUCAGCUGGCGAGCUCCUAGCAUGCGAAGCUCAGUAUGUGAAAUGAUAGCGGCAGAGUUGUUCCAGAUCCGACUCUCCAAUCUCCGCUACCGUAAACAUCUUACGGUUGCCACUGUAGUAAGUUCUGCACAAAUUCCAGGUGAAUUGGGAGCACGUUACCAUUCAUGACCUGAAGUUCACAGGUUAACUUAAAAGAAUACUUCAGCUUCGGGAUCCUGGGGCGUGACAUUGGAUCCGUGUCGCGACAUUGCGCAAUUGCUUCAUCCACAUUAAACACCAAAUCGUCUUGAGUACUGUGGUUCUAAAUAUUAAAAAUAUUUUUUCUUCCAGUCCCUUGCUUUAAAUAUACGUUAAGUUUAAUAAAAAAAAAAUUGCCCCCUCACGCAAAACAGGAUUGCUACGGCUCUGGGUUGUCCGAAUUUAUCCUCGAUUCAGAGUGCCACCGUGGGAAGAAAAUCGGCGCUUGGAGGACUACGAUGAGCCGGCACGCUUACUUCCGUUGGAAUAUUUACCGAUCCGCUUGGAUUUCCUUGCUAAACCGUAGGUAGAGCUGCUUGCUGAGCCGACGAAUUUGCUGUGACCUUUGCUGCCAGAUUUGAGGUUGGCGACUGAUGCAGCAGUGUGUGAUGCCGUUCACGACAAGGACGGCUCGUGUGCUUCGAAUCACAAUUUCGAGAGAUAUGAGACGAUUUGAAGCAGUUCCAGCAAAAAACGUUUCUGUGAGACCAGUUCUUGAUGCCAGAACGCCAGAACACGCCAAGCAGGUGGAAGGAUUUGCGCGGGUAACUGAAGUCGCUGUAUUGGCUCCCGACUAAUGAAACAGAAUCUUUUUGGUGAAAGUAUUUGAACCGAUCAUCUUAACCGGAGCUGCUUGAGAGCGAUGUUGUAUUUCCGACGAAACAGUCUGCAGGAUGCGAAACUCCACGCACGCAUCAUAUCCAACAUAUUCCGAUUUUGACGCAUAUUCUUCCCAGGCUCUUAGAAUUAUUGGAUCAAUUUUGCAGGACACCAUUCAUACCAGCGGUGUGUCCCAGGUUUCUACUGCCUCUCCAAACUUCGACAAUGCCCUCACGUGGCGUUGAAAAUCGUCCACUGCGGGGAUUCUUUACGAAUUGGAGCAAUAUCAUGGAGCGCACAGAAUAACUGUAUCUUGAGAAAGCGCUUGUUGUCAUAGCGCUUGAGGAGUGGCCCCCCAAGUGUUUAGAUAGUUUGCUGAUUCGAUAUCCACCAUUUCAUAAGGCUUCCGUGUCUCUCCUUCCAACGACUGGAGCAGGAAUUGCAGUUUGGACUUGAAUGUGUCCCGAAAUCCUAGCCACCAUCGAAUUUUGAAUGGCAAAUCAAUUUUUGGAAACCGCAAGUGAAAAUUGGACGGUUGCGGUACAUUUGCAUUGGUGGCAUUGCUUGUUGAAUUCAACUCAACAAAUCUGCUAUUCAUCAACCAUCCUUUCGUGACACAAUAGCUGGAAUCAAAUUCUCUCCGUUCCUGUAGAUGUUUCACUAACGAAGCUUCUCCAUCGUCCAUCCUUGCAAUCUCCGAUUGUACCUUCACAUAAUCACGGUACACUUGGUCCACUAAGUCCAACCAAACCGGUAUUUGAGGGAAAUGGCGGUCUUCCUCAUAAUUUUCCACAAAGGACUCGACUGUUGCUAGUAUUUGUAUUUGUAUUUGCAUUUAAAAUUUGUGUUAAUCUGACACAAAGUCUUAAUGAACUAAACUAAAAAUAAUUAACCUAAUGUAACAGCAAACGGUGACGAAAUUGUGAUGAAUUAUAAUUGAGGUCAAAGUGCUCGGCAAGCUCGUUGAAGCGACGAACCAUCGCUAAGAUCGGACUAUUAGCAGCGUAGUUGGUGUUUCGCAUUUCGAUGUGUAGUAAUGUCCGAGGGCGAAGAACACGGGUUGGGGCGUAGAGGUUGAUUUGUCCAAGGGGAUCGGGAACAUCAUACUCAGCCAACAGAAGCUUUGAUAUGAAAAUGGACUGCGAAGUAUGUCUACGUUCUUGCAAAGUAUGUAGUCCUAAUAGUCUGCAACGGUUCUCAUAUGGUGGCAGGUUCAACGGAUCAUUCCAAGGCAAUUGACGUAAAGCAUAUCGUAUAAAUUUUCGCUGGACAGCUUCAAUCCUUUCACUCCACGUUGCAUGAUAAGGGCACCAGACGAUGUUUGCAAAUUCCAACUGCGAGCGCACCAGUGAGCAAUAUAAAGCCUUGAAACACAGAGGAUCCCGGAAUUCGCUAGAAAUUUUGAACAUAAAACCUAGAAGUCGAUUUGCUUUGUCGAUGGUCGCUGACAGGUGAUUGGUAUAAGUUAGCCUUUCAUUGAGAAUAACUAGAUCUAGAUCUUUUACGUGGUCAACGCGUUGCAGCUGAGUUCCGGCAAUGUUGUAGUUAAAAUUAAGCAUGUCUCUUGUACGAUGAAAACUGAUGACAAAACAUUUCGUAACACAAAGGAUCAACAUGUUUCUUUGACACCAAUUGUAAAAUGUAUCAAUGAGACACUGUAACUCACGGCAAUCGGCUUCAUUCCUUAUCACAAGAAAUAUCUUCAAGUCAUCGGCAAAAAAUAGUUUCCCUCCACGCAUUAGAACAAAGACCGCAUCAUUGACGAAUAAUGAAAAUAGUAAUGGACCUAGUGUACUACCUUGGGGAACUCCGGAAUUAUUACAAAAAGAUUCAGACACGUUGUCACCAAUUUGCACGACGCACUCGCGGUGAACAAGGUAGGAUCGAAGCCAGUGGCAGAAACUCGAGGUACAUCCUAGUUUAUCAAGCUUUGCAAGCAGUAUCUCAUGGUUAACUGUGUCGAAAGCGGCCUUAAGAUCUGUGUAGACCGUGUUCACCUGGAGUUUCCUGGAUAUGUUUUCAAUGCAAAACGAUGUGAAGCUAACUAAAUUCGUCUCAACCGAUCGACCAGGCAAGAAUCCGUGCUGACAAGGGCUUAUGUAAUAUUUACUAGCAAAAAACAGCACCUCGUUGAUAAGCGCUUCGAAGAUUUUCGGCUCAACUCUCAGCGAAGUGAUUCCCCGGUAGUUCACGAUGUUGCUUUUGUCAUUUUUCUUGUGAACCGGAAACAUAACUGAAAACUUCCAAUCAUCGGGAAAUUUUUGCUGCUGAAGCGACACAUUGAAAAGGUGCGUCAGUGGGGUCGCUAAGAUAUCGGAACAUUUUUUCAGAACAGCAGACGGCAUAGCACUUUGUCCUGGAGCAUAAGACGAUUUUGUUUUCCGUAUUGCAGAGAGAACCGAUUGUACUGAAAUAGUGAAUACAUCCAUAUCCACUGCACCAAUGGGAACAUCACGGGUCGCGUUUUCGAGCUCGAUGGCAGAUGGCACAUCAGUCGUGAAGACACUUGAAAAAUAGCUGGCAAAUAGGGAGCCGUUGUAGUUGCUACUUCGCCAUUGUAGACCAUCCUAGACGGAAGACCCGUUUCCUUUCUCUUCGUUUUAACAAAAGCCCAGAAUCCCUUCGGAUUUCGUCGUAAGGUUUGUUGGAUGCGGUUCACAUAUCCUUUGUACAGAAAUUUAUUGUAACAGCGGUACUCGUUGCUGGCGAGUGCGAAAAAGCGCUUGAGAAUAGGGCAUCGACGAUUUGUGUACGCACGUAGGGCUUUGGCACGGGUGCGUUUCAGAUUCCGAAGCAUGGCGUUAGAUCUUGGAGGCUUCUUGGGAGGUUGAUAUUCUGGCAGGGGUUUUUCAACACAGUCAAUGAGUAAUCGGUUAUAGAGAUCGACUGCAGCAUUUACAUCAACUUGAUCAAGUAAUACACUCCAGUCAAUCAACGAUAGGGUGCGACAUAGUGCUGCUAAAUCAGUUUUACGAAUAUUACGACGAUUCACAGCUAAAUCUUCUUCAUGUUGUGGUGAACUAAUGAUGGAAAUGGAUAUUUCUAAAGCGGGAUGAUAGUUAUCCAAAGGAACGAUAACACUGGAAGCUUCACUCACAGAACACUCAGGUAAAGCAUUCUCACUGACGAACACAAGGUCAAGAAAACGGGAUUGAUGGUUGGAAAUCGUGCUUACUUGAUUUAGUCCGUGAAAAGCCAUCCCGUCCAGAAGUAAGCGGCUGGCAGGAUUUGUUGUCGGAGAUAACGGGUUAGGGUAAGCGUAUCCAUGUCCUGAAGAAACCCACAUCGGUCCUGGUUGGUUGAAAUCACCAAGAACUAUUAUCACAUCGUUUGCAUCUGCCUGAGAAGAAGCGUGUUCUAUAGAGUCGAGAUGGAGCUGCGUAAUAGUGCAGUCAAGUCGCUUUUCAGGAGGAAUGUAAACAGCUCCAAUAAAGUAGCUCUUCGUCUGCGUAGUAAUCUUCGUCCAAACAACUUCCAUGCUUGAUGAACUAUCCACACCAAAUUCACAGGAGGCUAGUGCGGAAGAAACAGCGAUCAAAACUCCCCCGCCGCGACCAUGAACACUGUUAUGUGCGCUUCGAUCCGCGCGAUAAACCGCAUAAGAAUCCCCGAAGAGCUGCAUCGAUGUAAUACGAUCAUCAAGCCAAGUUUCCGUUGGAACAUAAAUAUCGUAGUCCCCGUCAAGAGCAGCCAAGUACAAGUCCUCGAUUUUCGUCCUUAGCCCUCUGACGUUUUGGUAGUAUAGCCGUAAAUCGCCAGCGCCACGUGGCAAUCGUGCCGACAUGCCGAAGGGGCGUGAUGUACCCGAUGGCAUGCUAGAAACCAAAAGGUUUUCAGGGAGCGGAUCGUCAUUUAAAGCAAAAUACUCGCCUGAGAAGGGAGUUCGGAAGACCCCCUCACGACCUCCGAACGCAGGGCCGGGACGACUGAGCUGGUCGCUGGCUGGUAGCUGGUCAUAGCUGCUUGAACUGAUGAUGGUGAAGCAGGCUGAUGAGUAUCGGCCUGAGCUGGCGACUGGUCUGGCUGCGGAUAGAGGGGUUUCCAAAAAUUUCCAGCUGAUACGGUGCGAUUGCUCUUGAAUUCGCGGAAAAGAAUUCCUUCGGGCCAUGUUGAAGCAGAUAGGGCUCGCGCCUUGAGCUCAGGUUUGAUUCCAACUUUAAACGAGAUGAAAUUCAUUGUGCUUACGUCACGAUCCUUUGCAACAAGUCUAACAACUUCCACGUCAUCGGUGAUAAGACGUUGUUUCGCCAGAAUGGAAAUUUGGUCAACAGAAACAUCGCGUGCAAUACGUGAGAGGUAAAGCCAAAACUUUGGUGUACGAUCAGCUACUGUUAUCGUGCCAAGAGAUGGUGAAACAGGCAUACCAGUACCACGUAAUAGAGAUGAGACAUCAGAUUUAGCCCCAUCUUUAUUCGGGAAAAGACGGCGAGCUUUGUUACGACUGGCUUCGGCAAAUGGACGUUGAGUAGUUUUCGGUGUCAACGAAUUAGAAUUUAUAAGGGCCGUAAAAUUCGAACGAAUCUCCAACUUCAACUCAGUUAGUAAUUCACCCUUAAGUUGUUCGACAAUUUGGUUGUGUGCACCUAACACCUCUUCCUGUCAUAGGCAGCUCUUACAGCUUGUCGAUAACGCUUAUCGGACAUCAGACUAGUGCAGGAUUUGCAUAGCCAAAAUAUCUGCUUAUUAUUUAAUACAUCGUCAAAGCAGUUUUCGGCAAUCCCGCUGCAUUUGGGAUGAAAAGUAGCAUUGCAAAAUCCACGGCAGGAGAUGUGCGUUCCCGCAAUAUCAUUUGCACACGAGUGGCACAGCAGCGUAUUCAUUUUCGUUCAAUCACACCACACACCACACAAAGCCGAACUGUUGUGAUUACACGAUUCUACGAUCAAUGCCGCUCCACAAGCUACUGCUGUCUCGUAAAUGAGCGGGUUGACAGGGCAGCAAUAAAAUUGAUUUUCACGGUAAAUUAAAUUGCUUCUUAACGGAUAACACUAUCUUCGAUUGGCCUUCGUGAUGAAACGAGUGACUUACGGGCUGUAAACUUGUCCUUCAGUUUCUUGUCCUUUAACUUCUUGGUGGCCAUUUCCCGACGAUGUCGUUAUCCGAACGACAAUAAACGAUUUGCACACGCGACGACACGUGGAUGCAAAGGAAUCGAAUUCCUUCCCGAAGCGGUUCGCGAGCGCGGAAACGAAACGAAAAUGCUUCCCUUCGCGGCCGUGGCGGCCACCAAGGAAAUUUGAGCACUUACGAUCUUUUCAUAUAUGAUCGAGUAAUCGCACUAUGGAACACUUGUGAAGGGUGAACAUGAAGCUUCGGUUUAUGGAAGUCGCCUUUAUCCAGUUCCAGCAUGUCAGGCAUACAGUAAUGACCCAGACAAAAAAGAUUCCCUUUAGUAAAAAGUACUAAAAGCACACAUGACCUCUAAAUCAAAGAAGAUGCAUUAAUAAACAAAUUAACUGCAAACAUGUGUGACUAAACAAGCGACACGUUAGAUAUGCUUUGUCGAUCAGUAUAGUUAAGCUUAUGCAAGUUGACCAACAAAAUCAUUCGUUGGAACAUUUAAUUUCACUCUAGAAUUUUUCUCUUCUCUUUUAUGGUAAAACAUUUGGAUAACUGUAUAAUACCGAUACUAAGGGCUUUAAUACCGCGACCACUUAUCGGUAAAAAGGGCCGUACCUUAGAUCACUACAUAUGAUAAUUUCCGUCUACCAUAUCACACCUUGUAGCACCCAUUUCACCAAGCAAGAAAUAUAUUUAAAUUUUAUCGGGUAAGCAUCUUUACCGUCGUUGAUCGUACUAAUCGAAACCAGCUUUAAAAUUAAUCGACAAAGAUUCAGCCUGCUUACCAGAACAUGGGGGAGAAUUUCACGCAGUAGUGAGGAUCAUUAUGAUUCAAUAUUGAUUAAACUUGAAUUUACAAACCUUCUUGUAAACAGGGCAUGUGAGGCUAUCCAACCUAGUCUGAAUUUCUUUUUCCACCCAGAUCACCCCGAACACAAAGUGAGUUGCUUUGUCAACCGAUCACUUCCAAGUUUAACAUGUUCGUCAUUCGUGUUAUUGAUCGUUGUUCCAGAAAACGUUUUCCCCUGCCUUAUCGAGUACCCUUCGGACAUAUCAUCGUUUACAUCGCGAUGAAGUUUUUUGUCGGCAGCAGGGUUGUUAACGUUGAAUUCAACUUUACCGCCGAUAACGAUGAAUUCAGCGCCAUUAUCGGCGUUGAAUUUGGCGUUGAUUUCAUCGUCAUCGUCAACGCACUGCGUUGAAUUCAACUUUAGCGUUAUCGUAAAUUUUCGCGUUGAUUUCUGUUUUCGUCCUUUUUUCGUCAGAGACAUUAUAUAGUGUAUUCAUAAGAAGUUUAAUUUUAUAUUCACCAGUUCUAUAAACAUAGAAACAGAUAUAAUUUAAUUAUAUUUGAAAUACAAAUUCUGAGGUUAGUUUCUGAAGCAUUUGACGAAUUUUACGAUAAAUCGUAUUCAGAGUUGGCAGCACCCUCUCUGAUUUUAAUGAAACCUCUGUACAUGAAGACUUUAUCACGAAAAGCCACUUUGCAUAUUUAGUUUUUCCAAAAAUGAUCUAGACUGUUUUUUUCAUUUCAAUUAUAGAGGUUUUCACCUUAAGGUCAUUCACCUCUUCGGGAUAGAAAAAUCUUUUAUGAAAAAUUGCUAUCCCUACGUGCGGGGUCGGGACUCGAACUCAGGUGCGCUGCGUACAAGGUAAUCGAUUUACCAACUACGCUACGCCCACCCCAGACUGUUUUUUGAAAAGGGUCAAACUUUUUUUUACCAAUUUUUUUUUCAAAUUACAAAUCCUACAAAAAAAAGUUAUUUGAAGAUAACUUUUCCUUGUCCAAACUGAUUUUUUUUUGCAGUGUAUUUUUAUCGAAAACUAAACCAAUGAAAGUCAUAAUCUUCUCAGAAUCCAAUAAAACUCAGUUUGUGAGAAGAUAUUGUCUAAUUUAGCAGCUAAGUAUAUACUAAGAAGCAAUAAUGGAAUAUUUAUUUAAUGACAUGAACUCUUUUCAAUGGGAUUCUCGAUUAAUAAAAAUAUAUAUUUUUAUUAUUCAAGAAUUCCAUUGAAAAGAUUUCAUGUUAUUAAACAAACAUUCCAUUAUUACUUCAUUUGUUGUACUGUUCAGUGGAUAUGUAGCAGAAAUUUAAUUUUGUGAUAUUUUUAACCGUUUGUUCCACCGCCCAGUUAUAUAAUUCUCGGGAAGUUAUGGUAUUUCCAUAAACGCGAGCAAGACUGGCUCUUUUUGACUUUCGAUUGAGAGUGCCACCAAUAGCAUCACAGGGUCCUUUUCCAUGGGAUGUUGCAAAAAAUGCCAUUCUGCGCUUAAUUCAUACUUUGAUUGGAAUCUACACAAGCUUGCGAAAUUUUUCUUAUUUUUGUAUUGUACUGCUGCUCCAUCAGACAAAACAUAAAUUUUAGAAAAGUUUGUCAAUCGUUUCAUAAAAUUUAUCAUUUUUGAGAUGAUAAGUCUUCCAGUCUUCCAGACUUCAUUCAAGUUUGUUAUGAAUUUAUACCAAAUUCGUUACUGAUGCCUUUUGCAUGUAUCAGGCAACUAGCAAUUGGGAAAUUGGAUUCUGAGCUGAUUAUGACUUUCAUUGGUUUAGUUUUACCUGGAAUCAAAUUCUCUCCGUUCCUGUAGAUGUUUCACUAACGGAGCAUCUCCACUAGGGUGUCCCAAAAUGACACCAUGUUAUCGGGCUCACUUCUUAAAUGAAAGGUUAGAGUAUUGGGACCACUUUCUUCUUCGGAGUGAGUUUGCUAAAACGCUUCCUACUGGUGGCGACUUUUGAUUUUUUGAAAAAUGGGCCGAUUUUGGAUAAGAUUUCAAAUUUAUGCCUGUUGAAGUGGUCUUGAACUGUCUUAGAUUUUUUUCAGCAUUUUUAAUUUUUCUGGAGAUCCAAAUGGAGAAGUUUGGUUAGUUAGUUUGUACAAAUUUGGAAUUAUAAGAGCGGCAGGGCCAUUAAAACUUAGUAAAAAGUGAAAUUUUUGGUGUUUUUCAUUAUUUUUUCUUCAUAACUUGGUAUUUACGAAAUUUUAAAAGUACAGAAAACAUUUUAUAUAGUUGAGCCAAAUUCGGGGGCGUAAUUUUGCUGAAGAAAGUGUAUAGCUAUGGCUAAUGGGGUAUGAGUUAUUUAAGUUUUUGUUAAAUAACCUUUGACAUUUUUAGCAAUUUAUCAAAAAUAAUGCUGUUCCAAAAAGUGAAUCAGUUCAAUUGUGCUUUGACCACACAUUGUUUUUCGAAAAAUAGAAGGAAAAUCAUGAAAAAUGACGUUUUUUGUACGUCUUUAGUAUGUCAGGACGAGGUUUAAUGAGCAUCUGAUGAUUUUUUUUGUAACAUAAAUUAUAAAAAUAAUAACUUUGCUAAUGACGCCAAGUCUCUAAUUAUUUUUUGAAGAGUUAAUUCUCCAUAACUACUUCUAGGAGGCAUCCUCAACAAAACGAUUGUGUCAGAAGAUGCGCUGUAUUCUGUUGUAAAACUUUUUCGAGGAUAUUUGCCCCAAAUUUGACUAUUUCGGAAUUAUGUGAUCUAAACAGUAAAUAUCAGUUUUUCAACACUCACCUCACUCUUCUGCAUUUUUCUCCACUUCAGAGUUCCUAACAUGAAAAUAAGACUUUAUAUACAAAAUGUAAGUACGUUAAUCAAUUCAGCCUUCAAAUAUACACCAUAACUUGCCAUUAACUCGACAUAUUUGUUUAAUUUUAGUGAUUUUCAAACCCGCUAGGUGGCUAUUAGUAUAGAAAAUAUUUUUUCAAAAAAUCGUCAAAUGCUCAUAAAAACCGAUGCUGAUGUACUAGAGACAAGCGAAAAACGCCAUUUUUCAUCUUUUCCUUCUAUUUUCCGAAAAAUAAUAUGCAGACUAAGCCCACUUAAGAUGUUUUAUUUUAUAGAACAGUGUUAUUUUUUAUGAAUAUCAUAAAAUGUCAAAAGGUAUUUAACAAAAACGUAAAUAACUUAUACCCCAUUGGCCGUAGCUAUACACUUUCUUCGGCAAAAUUACGCCCCUGAAUUCGGCUCAACUAUAUAAAGUGUUUUCUGUACUUUUAAAAUUUUGUAGAUACCCAGUUUUGAAGAAAAAAUAUUGGAAAACACCAAAAAUUUCACUUUUUACUAAGUUUUAAUGGCCCUGCCGCUCUUAUAAUUCCAAAUUUGUACAAACUAACUAACCAAACUUCUCCAUUUGGAUCUCCAGAAAAAUUAAAAAUGCUGAAAAAAAAUCUAAGACAGUUCAAGACCACUUCAACAGGCAUAAAUUUGAAAUUUUAUCCAAAAUCGGCCCAUUUUUCAAAAAAUCAAAAGUCGCCACCAGUAGGAAGCGUUUUAGCAAACUCACUCCGAAGAAGAAAGUGGUCCCAAUACUCUAACCUUUCAUUUAAGAAGUGAGCCCGAUGACUUUUUUAACAUGGUGUCAUUUUGGGACACCCUACUCUCGAGGGAUGAUUGUUCUACACAUAUUAUCAAAUCUCAACCGUUACAGAGUUAUUGAACUUUUUGUGUAAAAAACUUAGUUGUCUUAAAACAAUCUAACUCAAAAAGUAUACUUUGUAUUUCAAAUCUUUUAGAUCCAUUGGAUAGGUGAGAAAAUUUCCCAUUGAAUGGUGUCCUCACAUGUUUCAGCUAAUGAGGUUAAGUAACCUUUUCACAGUAAUUUAUUUAAAAUUUAACAAAUUUGGUCGAUUUUUCGUUCAUUUCGCGAAAAUCUUAAUAGUUAACAUCGCCAUUUUAAUAAUUCAGAUUGUUAGUCUUAAAGAGCUGCAUAUUUUUUCCUUUGACAUGAUACACUUAUCUUUUCUUGUUUUUAUGUGUUUGGGAUAUUGAACUUGUAUAUUUUUAUCUCAUAUUCACUAAUACUAGCUCUUAUUGAAAAAGUAUGGCACUUAUUGUACCUUUUCUUAUUUUUAUUCGAAAGCCAGGAAAAUUUUGCAGAGAAAAAUGUAUUGAUACCUUUCAGUUAAGUGAAUUUAUUAUUUUUUUUAUAAGUUAAUUAGUUUAAAGUUAGUGUUGUUAGCAUUUACGUUAUUUUCUUAAAAUAGCAAAUGAUAACCAUCACCAUUAUUAUCAUGAAAUCAAUGCAGCUCAGCAAGCUCUACAAUUCUUCCGUUGACUCUUUUAAAUUGUCUCUUUUAGUUUCGAAGAAAAAUCAUUUUUAUCACCUCGUUCACCUCGUUUCAUAUGCAAAAACAACGAUUUCGAACCCACUCCGUUUGUGCAUGCUUUGUUAACUAUUAUGUUGCAUCGAAAUGAAAAGCGAUAGGGAUAAAGUGUCAGGAAACAAGUUAUAAAGAAUAUUAAGGAGCAUCAAAUGAACAAUAGUAACGAUAAGUUUAGUUGAAUAAUAAUUAGAAUAAUUGCAAAACUCUCGAAAAAACGAAAAUUUUGAGUUAUUUUACUAGUAAAAAGUAAUUUAGCACACUUAACUAAAAAAUAUUUGUACAUACAUCGAAAGGAAAUUUUCUCAGCUUUCCAAUUAAGCCUUGGAAAUAACGAUAUAAAGCAUAUUUUUUAGAUUAGAGUCUUUUAAGCACUUGCAAGUCGAUUACAGAAAAAGUUUAGUAGUGGAAUUACAAAUAAACGAGAAGAGAUAGGAAUGUGAUGUUGAAGAACAAAUUAUGAAUCGUUCUGAAACCCAACUUUUGGACAAUAGAUAUUGCUAUAAUCACAAUUCAUUAUUUUGAGAAAAUUAACAAAAACCUCAUCAAAAACACCAACUUUUAACUACUUUACAACUAAAAGAUAAUUAUAACUAAUUAACUGAAAGAUAUGAGAGCACCAUUCAAUAGGAAAUGUUCUCACCUUUUCAAAGGAAGUAAAAGGUUUAAAAUACAAAGUAUACUUUUUGAGAUAGAGGCAUUUUAAGAUAGAUAAGUUUUUUACGCAAAAAGUUCAAUAGCUCUGUAACGGUUGAGAUUUGAUGGUAUGUGUAGAACGAUUUUUUUGUCCAAAUAUGACAGUCAAUCACCUCGAAAGGUUCUUAAUCAUGAACCAAACACCCUAACAAGUAAUCGCACUAUGGAAUACUUAUGAAGGGUGAACAUGAAGCUUCGGUUUAUGGAAGUCGUCUUUAUCCAGUUCCAGCAUGUCAGGCAUACAGUAAUGACCCAGACAAAAAGAUUCCCUUUAGUAAAAAGUACUAAAAGCACACAUGAGCUCGAAAUCAAAGAAGAUGCAUUAAUAAACAAAUUAACUGCAAACAUGUGUGACUAAGCAAGCGACACGUUAGAUAAGCUUUGUCGAUCAGUAUGGUUAAGCUUAUGCAAGUUGACCAACAAAAUCAUUCGCUGGAACAUUUAAUUUCACUCUAGAAUUUUUCUCGUCUCUUUUAUAGUAAAACAUUUGGAUAACUGUAUAAUACCGAUACUAAGGGCUUUAAUACCGCAACCGUCUACCAUAUCACACCUUGUAGCACCCAUUUCACCAAGCAAGAAAUAUAUUUAAAUUUUAUCGGGUAAGCAUCUUUACCGUCGUUGAUCGUACUAAUCGAAACCAGCUUUAAAAUUAAUCGACAAAGAUUCAGCCUGCUUACCAGAACAUGGGGGAGAAUUUCACGCAGUAGUGAGGAUCAUUAUGAUUCAAUAUUGAUUAAACUUGAAUUUACAAACCUUCUUGUAAACAGGGCAUGUGAGGCUAUCCAACCUAGUCUGAAUUUCUUUUUCCACCCAGAUCACCCCGAACACAAAGUGAGUUGCUUUGUCAACCGAUCACUUCCAAGUUUAACAUUGUUCGUCAUUCGUGUUAUUGAUCGUUGUUCCAGAAAACGUUUUCCCCUGCCUUAUCGAGUACCCUUCGGACAUACCAUCGUUUACAUCGCGAUGAAGUUCUUUCUCGGCAGCCCUACGAUCUGUUAGAUAAGAAUACUUAGUUUUUGUUUUUGCGAGAAUGAGAUAACCGAGCACUUCCUCGGAUUUACACAUAUGCGGUUCGAGCUACACCAAUCAGCAAUGGUUUCAAAUUAUCGUAUUCAGCAAUCUUCAGUCGAGCGGAUGAGAAAAAAAAAACAUAUUCAGAUCGUCUGCGAAUGACAGUCGGGGAGUUUUCAGAACUAGAUGGACAUCGUUGAAUUAAAGCAGAACAUCAACGGUGCCAAGUGACUUCCCUGACGUAGAAGUAAACCACUGUUUCUCGAUCUGUAUGGUAAUUCUGUAAGGUUGAUUCCAAAUCUCUCCAUUUUAGUGAUUGUUAUAUCAUCAUCUACUCUGUCAAAAACUGCAGAUAGGUCUGUGUAAAUAACAUCGGUUUGAGCGCAACGUUUCCAUACUUUCCGUUAUGUAUGAUGUUAGACACAUCAAGUUAGUCGCUGUCAGAAGCUCAGUCGUGAAGCCAUAUUGAUCGUCACUUAGGUAUUGCAUGCAGUGAGCCUGAAGAGGUUCCAUAAUCACUAGGUUGAACAAGUUCGAGACAGCACCCAAUGAAGUAAUUUCACGGUAGUUGUUGAUGUAUUGCUUCUUUCCCUUUUUAUGGGCUGGGAAUUCGUUCGUUCCGUAGAAAGAGCAAAAAUUUCUCAGUGAUGUGAGUGUAGGGAGAACGACCAGUCAUAGCACCAACUAGUGUAGUUGUUUUUCAUAGUCGAGAGCCUAUGCAUCAUGAAAAUAGCGCUGCCAGAAUCGGCGGAAGUGCAACGAUCGAACCAGGGAGGCCAUGAAGUGGGUCAGACAACAUUUUGAGAUUUGUUUGGAAGUACGAAUGUUUCCAGUUUCCCAAAAGCUACCCUAUGUGAGUUCGGCGCCUACAAUGCUUGAUACGGCGUAUGCAGAACGACCCGGCGAUCGGCGAUGGCAUAAGAUGGCAGUUGAACGAAUACCAGCAGAAAGGGUAUAUUCAUAAAGUGACCCCGAAGGACGCUCCAAAAGACGGACCCACGGUGUACGUUGAGUGUCGUCCUAAAUUUCAAAAAAAAAAACGAAGAUUCGUACGAAGUCACACCGUAUCUCUUGUUCCACCGAAUUAAGAUUCGGCGUCAAGAACGAUCGCCUAAUGUGCGCCUGAUGGAAGUCGCUACUUUUGGAACUAUUUGUUCACAGUGAUCUACCCAGUUCGUGAAGACUCUGAACGUCGAAGAACAUGCUUAGGAGUAUCCAAUAGCAUCCGAUACCAUAGUACGGAAACACUACCGACAGCACCGACGAUUAUGCCGAAAAACAAGUUCAGCUGGACAAGAACACCUCAACGAACGCGUACUCGGGAUGAACUGUAAGUCAGCCGGAGACGUUUUUACGUUUUCUACUGCACUGGCCACGGACGCAGAACAUUCAAUUCAACGCCAAGCGCUACAAGUGGUCAUAAGUGCUUUCGGCCCAGCCGGGUUGCUAUCCUGAGCAAACGUAAAACCCAUAAUACCACUAUGGUUAUGGUACAAUUUCACCCCCCCCCCCCCUGCAAGGUGUUUUGAUAGUUUUUUAAAUGGGAUCAACCCAUGAGAACACCACGACCGUGGUCCGGUAGAUCCCAUACAACUACCAUGUUUUGGUGUACUUAUGGGUAAUUGAGACCAUGUUACGGUGAAACUUGGCACGGACCAUAACUAUGGUCCUUUGAAGGGGUUGUAUGGUGUAUGAACCCACGAGAAUUAGCUCGGUAUGCUUCUUUUUGAUUCAUGGCAAAAUUUAAAUUCAGAGCAUGUGAAGUACUCAACGCUUGAUACAGUGGCGUAG